CGCCACCGAGCGCUAAAAGAAAACAUUUAAACGAUAGUAUGACUUGGUCGAGUGUGGUUACGUUUAGCACAUGGUUCUGCAACUGUGUUAUAAGCUGUGUUUAGCGUGUACUAUAACACGUAACCAUGACUAAACAGAAAGUAAUACAGCGCAGAGUAGAAGGCUGGCUUAACAUUUGCGAAAGUGCAGAUUUACUGGGCAUAAACAGAUGGAGAUAUCAAUACAAUCCUACGGCGUGGUUUUCUUACUAUUGCGUCCUGACCAUGGACAAAAAGAUUUUUACCCAUUACUCUGUUAAAGAACUGCAGUUAGGAGAUAUUAGAAGAUCCAAACUGCAAAAAGAACAUCGUUUGAGUACUCCAAUCACACCUUCGGUUCGAGAGGAAGUUAGCGAAGAAUUAGCUGAAUUGAUUUUCCCUAAAAGUUCUGUUAUUAGAGCAUCAGAGUCGAAUUCCACAAAAAGACAUACCAUCGGUAUCACUCUGCCGACAUCGUAUUCUUUGGAUGGAUCUCAAGAUACUUCGUAUGAGAAGAAUUGCCCUGAGCGAAGAGGGAGUACUCCUGCUGUGGUAAAUGCACGAAAUAUGGAUACGCCAACGCCUUCUCGAAUAGUGAAUUUUUUUGCUAAACGUUCAUUUAAGAGUAAUCCACUUAAGAGAACCAAGAGUGUGACUAAAUUGGAAAGGAAGAGAUGUACAAUUGACGGAGACAGCGUACCUUCAUCGAGGUUACGUCCAUCACGUUCUCAUGAAUCUCUACUUCAGUCGAGUCCAAGUGUUUUGGGAAGCUUAGAUUUAUCCCAGGGAAAUGUUAAAGUCUCGGCACUGCAUCCAAGCAUUCUUGGUCAGGAUAACUGUUUUCAUUUAACUGCUGACGGCAGCACACGAUAUUAUUACUGUCAUACUGCAGCAGAAAGAGACCGAUGGGUUAAGAGUCUUAGAGGAACUAUUCAGCCAGAUCAGGAAAAUAUGAGAAGGACUGAAAAAUCUCUACACAUAUGGAUACUUGAAGUCAAAGGAGUUGCUCCUAAAAAAAAAUACUUCUGUGAAUUAUGUCUUGAUAAAACAUUAUAUGCAAGAACAUCAUCUAAACCAAAAAGUGAUAUGUGUUUUUGGGGAGAACGUUUUGAAUUAAAUAGCCUGCCAGAAUUAGAGAUGAUCACAGUAAAUCUGUACAGAGAAGCUGACAAGAAAAAGCGCAGGGAUAAAAAUGUUCUCCUGGGUAAGAUGUCAGNGCCCGAAGACUGUGAGGUUGAUCCAAUGAAAGUAUGUAACAAUGCUGUUCUUCAACGCCAGCAAUCAACUUUAAUUUCUUUCGUUGAAAUGACUUGGGCUAAAGUGAUUAAUUCUGCUAGUUACUUUCCUGCUGAACUGCAAGAUGUAUUUUAUAAAUGUAGGCAGUCUCUGGCUGCUAUAGGUAAAGAAGAACUUAGUGAUAAUUUAAUAGGUGCAUCCAUAUUCUUAAGGUUUCUUUGUCCUGCAAUAUUAUCACCAAGUUUAUUUAAUCUCACACAAGAAUAUCCUCAGGGUCGUGCUGCGCGUAAUCUUACUCUUGUUGCUAAAACCAUUCAAACAUUAGCAAAUUUUACAAAAUUUGGAGGAAAAGAAAGUUUUAUGGAAUUUAUGAAUGAUUUUGUGGAAAAAGAAUGGGGCACAAUGAAAGCAUUUAUAAGGCAAAUUUCUAGUCAAGUUACCAAAGAACAUGAAAACCAGUUAGAGUUUGAUGGUUACAUUGAUCUUGGAAAAGAAUUAUCUAUAUUGCACAGUUUGUUGAAUGACUGCGUCCUUCGUAUCAACCAAAAGUUAUAUACGGACCAAGUUGAUCACCUGCAGCACAUUUUAGAUGGUGUGUCAGCAGCAUUAACCCAACCAGGUGUAAUGAGACAGAUGAGUUCACCUGCACAAGGAUUAUUAUUUGAUAGUCCUGUUACCCCUAUAGACUAUGAGCCAUUUUCAUUAUUCCACCAGCAGUCAUUACCAGAAGAGCAUCUUAUUAAUAAUAGUGGUACAAAACAAGCAAGUACUUCUAGUCAAGAAAAUGGAGAAACAAUACAUUCCACUUCUUUACAACAAAACACAUUUAUAUUAGGGAGUGGAAAACUCCCAGCUCAGGAUUUAUCUACUGCAGAUGAUUAUGUCUUGUACAGUGCAUUGAAUCAGAAUAAAGAAGGCAGAGAUAACAUUCCACUGCGUCAUGGUAUAGACCCGUCGUUAAGAAAAGAUGGCUGCAUGCGAUUGGCUCAGUCAUGUUUCUACGGUGAUAUCUUGGGCAAUAGUUUUGUGUCAGAAAGGUUGGAAACACCUCCAAGUAGUCCCAGAAGUCUUGCAGAACUAUCUCAAGAUUCUGCAUUUAAUUUUUCAAAUCUGUCAAUGUUACAUACAGCAGAGUCACCUAAUGGAAAUAGUUCAGCUGAAGGAAUAUCCUGUUUAUCAAAGCUAUCUAGAAAUUUAGAAUCAUUUUAUACAAAAAGUUCACCAGCUACACCAUUGCCAGGACCACUUGCUUUCAAUAAUCCUCUUUACCAUUUUCCACAUUCUGCAAGUCCUAACAAACUAGACAAUGAAGCAAAACCAUCUCCUUGCAGUUCUGUAGGAAGUAAUGAAGACAUGUCUGUAAUGGGAAAACUUUGUCUAGGAAUAGCAGAAUCUACUCCUGAACUUCCAUAUGAUAGACAUUGCUACACAAGUUCGUCGUCUAGUGAUGGUUUCACCCCACCUAGAGAACGCCGUAGUACAUUCAAGUCUACGGCACCACGAACAAAUCCGCAUUUCUCAAGUUCCCAGCCAUCUGUAGCAAGCAGAUCGCCGAUGUUAAAUUAUAACAACAAUGUCCAAUAUCAAACAAAUGGACAUUCAAGUAAUAUAUAUCCACUCCAAGAUAAUGACUUUUUAAAAGGUGUUUCUUCAGAUUCUUUGUUAAGUGAACAACAAAAUGUUGAUGAAGAAUGGGACAGUGAACCUCAUACAAAAAUCCAAACACACAAUUGCAAAACAUUAAAUAAAACAUUAGAAGAGUAUGAACAACAAGUUGAAGAACUAAGGCAUCUAAUGGAAGACUUACAAGAUAAACUUCAAGGUGCAGAACAGAAACUCACGGAACAAGAAACUGCAACAGAACAAGUCGUUGCCGACUGGAAGGCCAGACUAGAAGCAGGAGAAGAACGUUUACGUCGUCAGCAAGAAGAAAAAGAUCAUCAAAUGAAAAAUAUUAUUACAAGAUUAAUCACAGUAGAAGACGAAUUGCGUCGCGAACAGCAAGAACUACAAGACAUGAUUGCAGCCAAACAAAAAGUGAUUGAUGCACAAGAAAGAAAGAUUCAAACUUUGGAUGCUGCAAAUACCCAUCUCAUGUCUGUUUUAAACCAGUUAAAAGAACGAUAUCAACUUCAUUCACAAAACGGUAUCUUGGGAUCACCUCCUUUAGUCAAAAUGUCUCUCUUUGAAAACGAUUUACCAUUUAAGAGCAGUUCAUGUUAAAGAAAAGAAAAAAUGCAAAAAGAGUCCUUUUAUGCAACCUCAAACACUGCCAUAUCAAUUAUUCAGAUUACAAUUUUAUUUCUGCACCAAAGGUUUGGAGAGAAUUAGAGGAAGCUCUCCGAUCUUAUCUCGUUUUCUAUGCAAAAGUCUGUUUUGUAUAUUCGCUGGUUCGUAAAGUAUUAUAAACGGGUUAAUUUUCUUAUGUAAAUUAUCGACUAU